CAGACUCCCGUGUGACAACUUAAUCUCCUAGCAACUGAAGAAGAUCAGAGGUCAAGAUGGCGGAGGUGCUCCAAAUGAAAGCAAGCUUCCCUGGUAAGGUCAACCUUCCAGCUGGUGCAGAGGUCAAGGAUAAGAACCAGGCCUUGCCCUACUCUGUGGAAACACCCUAUGGUUUCCAUCUGGACCUGGACUUUGUGAAGUACGUGGACGAUAUCGAGAAGGGGAACACGAUCAAGAAGGUUCACAUCCACCGGAAACCGAGAGGCUGUAGCUACACGGGGUCCUGGUGGGCAUCCACUGAGUCUCUCUGCUCCAACGCCAGCGCUGACAGCCGACGCUCCUCAGUCUCAUACUGCGGACGGAGCACGUACACCCCAUCCUGCGGCUUUUCAGGGAGCUACAACAGGCCGCCACCCCUGAUGUCCAGCAAUUACAACGCCAGGGUGGAAAAGACCCUGCUGGAGACCAAGAGGCGGCUGGAGGAGGAGCCCCUGGGGUGCAGAGAGGGCCGGAGACCCCGUUAUUCAAGCUUGAGCAGCCUGCACAGCAGUGUGGCAGGCUCCACCAGCUCCCUGGCUGGGACAGGCCUGCAAAGCCACUCAGCCUCCAGACUCACCUCCUACAACGGUUCCCAGAGUGCACCCUGUGGUCAGUUCACUCCGCUGAGCUCCGGCCUAGCUACUCCCUCCACUCCGAACCCAACCCACUUACACAACAUCCGGGAACAGAUGGCAGCUGCCCUGCGGAGGUUGCGGGAGCUGGAGGACCAGGUGAAGAUAGUCCCCGUUCUCCAGGUGAAGAUCUCCGUCCUUCAAGAAGAGAAGAGGCAACUCAGUGUCCAGCUGAAGAGUCAGAAGUUUCUUGGCCACAGCAUGGGCUUUGGGCCACAGAAAGCAGAGAGUGAGGCCGGCAAGUCCAAAGGGGAACUGUACAUUGACCUACCCGAAGAAGUUGGCCACCAGGGCAAAGCUAAAUUGCCCGUCUCUCCUAAGCUGCAAAAAUCGCCACAGGAUAACAUCGGGAAUCUCAAACAUGAUGCUCCGAAGCAAAGGAAAGACAUCGGGCCAGGACUGGAUGAGAGCCCGAGGGGCAAAGUGACCAAUGGAAACCUUUAUGAGGUCAGGAGUGUGGGUGUUUGGGUGCAAGAGAAGGACCUGGGAAUCUCCCCUUCGUCCCUGCAGCUGGAGGUGGAGCAUUAUCGUCACGUGACUGAGUUGCUGACCAAGAAGAUCACGAUGUUGGAGAAGCGGCUGCGGGAAGCCUCCAGGGAAUUGGAGGCUGCUCACCAGAGCAUCGGUGGCCAGAAGAAGGAGAUGGCGGAGAAGGGGCAACAGGCGGACAUCGGCGCAAUGGCUGGCACUGGAGGACCUAACCCGAGUCGGCCAAAGCAACCGCCAGACCAAUCCAGGGCCUGGCCGGCUGCAUCUGAGGCAGCUCCCCAGUCUCCCCAACCCCUUGAGGGCAGAGCCGGCAAGAGGGGAGAUAUUGCCCCAGCAGGUGGCAGGAAGGAGCGGUUCACUGAGCUGGCACCGCAGAGGUCAGUGGGCGUGCAGGUCAGCCAUUUUGGAUACCCUCCUAGUGAGCAGGCCGGCAAGGAUUUGAUCCAGAACAGGAAAGAGCCAGAAUUCAGCCAGCCGCCAGGGACCCCAAAGGAAACGCCGCAUUCCACAACCCAGGUGGUGCCAACCAGUAGCCAACCUGCCCCUGGCCAGACAUUGCUGCCCCUGAAUAAGCCAGGCAGCGGGGCACGGGAUGGAGGGGAGGCAGCAAUGGCUGAGCAGAGAGUGGGGCCCACCUCUGACCCACCCUUUAAGGAAGUCACGGCCAAGGUGGUGACCUGUACAAUUGUCACAACGUUGGCAGCCACAUGCGAGGAAGUGAACUCCGUGAUGACCACUGCACAGAGUGCGAAGCAGGUGAAGACAGGACCAAGCGGGGCACAGCUCCGGGAAGCUGUAGAGCAGCUCACUCAAG